AUGUUUGAUCGAAACAUGCAAUAAGAUUUAAUGAUGGAUUUAACCAUAUUUCCUCUCCAGUUUGUUUGCUUAUUCGAGGGGUCUGACAUAUCACUAGAGCAAUCUUACAAUGCACCAAGUUUACCUGUAUAUAUUUUAUCGUAUCAUAUCAGGUGACAUGCAUUUAAAUGCAUCAUAUUGGGACAACCACAUAUAUUGAACUUUUUUUGUUGCCGUGCAAUAGCGACUGUUUCUUAAUAGCAGGUCUAAAUUCGGAUUCAACUCUUAUUAAAUCGAUAAUGUAGUGUUUACAGGAUCGAUUACGGGUUUAUACUUGUGUGUAUAUACAGAUAUUAGGAAUAUGUGUCGGGUUCUACACGGUUUGGACAAAACCCAAAGAUCAAGAUCAAUAUGGCGAGAUAAUAAUAAUGUGACGAAUAGAUACUACUGGAUACGUUAAGAAAGAAAAAAAAUGGCAAUCCACCUACAACGACGAGGUGAGUACAAAUUUAAUUUGAAAUAUAGGACAACAUGUCUCAACGUGAUCAUUGACUUGGCAUUUUAAAUACAUCAUACCUUGGUACCGAAAUAUACACAACUGAAACCACAUAUUACAAGAAACUACAAGAAGAAAUACAGGAAGUAACAUAUAAUCCCGUUUGUUACGAGACUUGGCAGACUGGACAGAGAUAGUGACAUUGAGUCGAUUAUGCGCCGUUCAUAAAAUUUCAUAUGGAAUUAACGAUUUGAUGUUAUCAUGUGAACUAUACCUUGACCAUAUAUAUUUAUGAAAACAUGAUAAGGACAGCUGGUAAAGGCUAUACGUCGAUCGACGUGUUAGAGGAGGUGAAUUGCAUGCUUAUACAUGCAAGACUGCAAAUUUAAAGUUAAACAACAUUUGAGACUGAUGGAUAUAGAAAGUAAGCUUAUUCUUAGAAGAAAAGAGACAUAUCUUCGGGAGAAUUUGGAAAUACAUAGUAUACUUCCACGUUUGUAUCAAGAGGGUGUCAUUUCUGAUGACGACCGAGAACGAAUUGAAAAAGAAGACACAACACGGGAUAAAAUUUCCAAAUUUCUUCGAAUUAUCAAACGGAAGUUAGACGGCUAUAGUAAACUACUUGAGGUGUUGGUUGUGGAGAAACUAAAUUUCAUUAGAGAAGAACUAGAGUCUACUGAAAUCGAUGAAGAUACUCUCAAGAAAGAGCAAGAGUCAGAUGAAGAAUUUGUGAAAGAACAACUUUCCAUCCUGUAUCGAGAGUCUGAAGGGGAAAGUAUUAGUUACACUUUCCUUAAAGAGGAUAUAGAGCAAAUAAAAUAUCUAGAAGGCAAAGACUCCAGAACGGAAGAAGAAUUUCUGGUACGCUCGGUAGAACAGAAUUUCCCAACGGUCAAAUAUGAAGAAACAUACAGUAGCAACACAGGAAUGGCAUACGUGUUUAGAAAUCUGGUUCGUAGAUCCACAGAAGCUAACAAGGGAAGAGCAGUUCCACAGGAAAUGGAUGAUCAACAAUCAAUUGAGGCUGUCGUUAGAGACAACGUAUUGCAACUUUUUCGAGAGUCGAGUGAUAACGAAAUACCAUUAUAUACACUGGAAUGUGAUAUAAAAAUGGCCUUACCAGAAACAGAAAUCGACUUCCAGAAAUUGCCACUCAAGUCAAUUGUUCAGAAUGCAUUUCCAAAUGUUAAAUAUGUUAAAAUGAAAAGGGAAACAGAGGACACAUAUGUAUUCAAAAACUUAUCAAGAACAUUUGAUCAUGAAGAUGGCACAAGUGUGAUACCAAAUGAUAACAGAGUUUCUAAUAAAGCAGAGGAAAACCCACAUUCCCAACAACAACAAAUACAUUUGCCAAGAAAGCCUCUCCAUUGCUUGAGCGAAGAUGAGCUUUGCCGUAUUUUAGAGCCGAAGUUUCUUCAGUCAGGAAUACCAUGUGAUGUCUUGAUUAUCUUUAAAGAACAGGAAAUAGAUGGACAUGCCUUCAAACACUUCGACAUUAAAGAUUUAUCUAACAUCACGGACAUGCCAUACGGGAAGAAAAAGGCAAUAAUGAUAAUUAAGGACGAGCUGAUCACAGAAGAGAAUGACAAACAAAAAUCCGAAACAUGUCGAGAUGUGAACCCUGAGGUAAAAUGUGUUAAAAGUAAAGUAAGAGAAUCCCUUCGAAGGUUUGACACACCAACAGAGGUGAUAGGAUCUUACAGAAAAUCUGCUUUUGUGUCGACUAACGUCACUAGGAUACACAACCUGAUUCAACCUAUCCACAUGUUCAUUGAUUACAAUGACAGUGAUUUACAAAAUAUUGAGGCGAGGCUUGCUAGGUUAACCAUGAACUUUGCAUCAGCAUGCAUGAAUGAUAGGACAAAUGGAACCAUUCAUUUUGGUAUAAAAGCAUUAACUGAUGAUGGUCAAAUGGAUGGAGAGAUUGUUGGCAUCAGAGCCGAUAAAGACAAAUGUAACAACGCAAUUAAACUGUGUCUGCGAGAGCAAUUUUUCGAGGACCAAAUAGAAAUGGCAUGGAAAUGCAUACGAUCUCCCCAAUUUAUUCGUGUGGUCGAAUCAGGCAACAAUCCUCCUUGUUUUGUGGUUGAAAUUGAUGUGGUGCCUCAUGCUGCUCUAUUGGAAGACGAGGCAGUUUUUGUACGAGAAACAAAUAUGCCUGACAGCAAACCAACUCUACUCAGGCUCAAAGAGGGUACUUCCACUCCAGAAAUACAAAAUGAUGAACAAAUACGCCAAUACAUGAAAAUUAAAAGCAGGCUUCACAAGCAACGCAAAGAUGAAGAGGAAAAACCACAAUAUGUCCAGUUGAAUGAAAAUUUGAGACAAAAAUUCCUCAAUGUUUUUUCAGGCGGUGAUUCUUUCCUUACUGACGAAACUUAUAAUAUACUCAUAACAAGUCCUGGUGAUGAAAAUUUAAAGAACGAAAUAGCAGAAAAUAACUUAGAAUUUGUUCAAGUCCUUGAUCCAUAUGCAGUUUUCGACUUCAAUUCUUCCACUGAGCCUGAUUCAUUGUACCAUUAUAUAGAAGAAAAGAAGGGACAAGCUUUAAAAGUCAUGACAACCGAUAACUUUGACAAAGACAGCGACGAAAACAAUGUUGACUCUGAAAGCCAUGUUCAUUUGAUGGAAGAUCUCCGAAGUUCGACAAUGCAAACGUGGGUAUUUGCAAAUGGAUAUGACAGGAUGCAGAAAGAUGGAAUGGGCACGUAUGACUGGAAACAGAAAAGAAGUGAGGGUUUUAAGGAAGCAUUGCGCUAUUGCUACAACGAUAUCCCAAAAGGACGAUCAUUAGCAAUAUUUAUUUUGCUUUCAAAAAACUACGACAUCAUGCUAGAAGCAGCUGAAGAAGUUCUUGCUAGAUCACAUGGGGAAUGGAUUUUACUGGCACCAACGCAAGACAUUGCUAACCACUGGAUAACGGAACUACUUCACAGAAAUAGCGUUGACAGCGAUGUGAUCUGUGAGAGAUGCAUAAUAGGGAUGCCCUGGGAACAUGUGAAUGAAUUGAUUCGUCAGGUUCUUGCACCGAUGCAAAGUAGUACUUGCCAAAUACCACAUUCAAAUGGAGCAUAUUGCCCGUUAAAAACUAAGGUUCGAAACGAACUAUGUGACUUGGACAUACUCAGUCAAAAAGAAUGUGAUGACAGCGAUAUAUUGGAAGAUGAAACAAAAAAACUGGAACAAUUUAGAAAAGUUCAGGAGGCAUUUUAUCACGGAGAACAGCCAAGUUGGUGGAAUUACUGGUUUGGAGAAGACCAAAUAUGUCGUCGAUCAAAACAUGAUACUCUGAAAAGAUCUGUGAUGGAAGCACUAAAUAGGCAAAAAGCCGAAGAGGACAAAGUGGCUGUUGUUACCUUGAUGCACCAACCUGGAUCUGGAGGCACGACAGCAGCAAGACAAAUUUUGUGGGACUUAAAGAAGGAAUUCCGAUGUUGUGUCGUUAAAAAAGUCACAGACCAGACUUGUGAUCAAAUAAUUGCCCUACGAAAUUAUGAUGAAUCCAAUUCUGCUAGACCUCCGGUAGUUUUACUGGACAACUGCGACGAAGAAGGAGUAAUUCAUCUUCAUGCCGUUCUUGAAAGACGUGCAAGGGAAGCAUCAAUUCGUUCUGAGCAAAUGAUUGGAACAUAUUGCGUCCUUUUAAUUUGUACCAGAAGAACCAAACUACCGAUGUCCGUCAAAGAGUAUACUGUUCUUAUCCGACAGGAGCUGGAACAAAACGAGCUGGCAUGGUUCCAGAGGAAGGCAAGUGUAUUAGAACGACGAUUCAAAGACAAAGAAGGAGUUGACCCUAAGCUUCUCAUAUCAUUCAAUAUUUUGAAAGAAAAUUUCAAUUUUGAAUAUAUCAAAGACAUAGUAAAGCAAUACGUUGAUGGUAUCGAUUCACAAGAAGAAAAAGACUUGCUGAUGUACUUGUCAUUGAUAAACACCUACGACAUGGAUUUUCAGCCACUACCUAUCAGUGCAUUUGAUGCGUUGAUGAUACAGAAUUGUAAAACUAACGUUAUAUUCGGACUAGCGUUCUCACAUCGCUUGCAGAAACGUGAUAGGCAAUGGGAAACAAAACUCAGCUCUGAGUUGAAAGUGCUACUGAACGUCUCAUCCAGAAGUGGACAAGGCAGUAAUCUUAAAGCUCUAUCAAUAAUCAAUCCAUUGUUUGCAAAAGAGAUAUUUCAAUAUCUUAAACAAGAAGCAAGCACCAGUUCAACCAUGCUACGAUUCUUACAGUCUAGGGUUUUCAAACGACAAAACAGAUCUGUUGACCAAGUCGUUCGGGUAGUCAAAGAUGUCCUUAAGAAAAGAGAGGCAUUAGAAAAUGGUAGAAGACAAAAAUUUUCACGAAUUUUGACAGAGAUUUUGAGUGAAGAAGAUACUGAGAGAGCCGUAAGUGUCCUGAAGAAAGGUUUUGAGAUGACAGAGGAUCCUAUGAUUGCUCAACAAAUUGCACGAUUGUACAUACACAGCAAAAAUUGGGAAAUGGCAACCGAUUAUGCUAUAAAAGCAACCCAACUCCGUCCAAACAACUCAUAUCUCUGGGAUACAUAUGGUCAAAUUUUCAAAGCACAGGUAUUUGAUAGGUAUGAAUCGUGUAUAACGAAUGAAGCAUUGUCAGUUGAGGACACGUCUCACAUCAUUCAAGUUGCGAUGAAAGGGAUUGAGAAAUUUCAUAAAGAGCAGGAUCAAGGUGAGCACGACAAGAAAACGUCCCCAAAUGACCCCGGUUAUUUUGGAGAGGUACAGCUCAUCAUACUGUUGAUGAAAGUUUUGAAUUAUUCACCUUUCGAUAGAGAUGUGAUGCACCGGUUCAUUGUUGAAAGCACUUUUGAACCAGCUUCGCUUUCCGGUUUAGAUGACGAAAGCAGAGAUACUCUCAAAAAGCUGCAAGGAUUCACUGAGAGUGCAAUGAGAAAAAUUGAAGAAAGAUCGUCACAACUGAAGGAAAAUGUAACAAGUUCUAUUUUCCGCUAUAAAAAAAGUUUACCAGAUGAAGGUUUGGCUGUUUUGCGGGAGAACGUAGAUAUGCUUUUUGGAGAAGGUACAGACGUUGUGCCAUCGCAUCUUUCUCCUAAGGAAAGCGCAGAUUUCAGAAGAAGAAGGGUAAAACGACUGGGAGGACGUUCAUUGUCGUCGCUGCUGAGGUACUUACGACAGGAAAAUGGUGUAUGUGGAAGACAACUGCAAAUUAUGUUUAACCACUUGACAAAGAAUAUCGAAUCAGGUUGCACAGAGCCAUUUGACACUGUUAUGCUCGUCAGCGUAGCAUUAGCUUUGAGGAUCCACAAUAAAAACGAGAGCGUUACAGCCAAAGUUCCACAUAUCUUGGAGCUUACAAAGCGUAUGUACGACACUGAGUGCAGGUCAAAAAACGGAUUUCCGUAUUUAGAAGUCUUUUUGUACCUUGUGAUGUUCCACUGGCCAACGCCAGACAGAAAAGGGAAGAAUAUAUGUCCUGUUGGUACGAUGCGCGACGCCAUUAAACGUUGGAAACUAGCAUUUCAAACAAAUCACCCACGGCAAAGAGAUGAAGGGAAUCCACACAGAAAAAAAGAAACAACAUAUUUUUUUCUCGGAAAGGAUCCUGAAAAUGACGAAAUUGUGUACUAUGAGGAACUACACAAUCGUCACGGCGGCAUGUACUUCAAAGGAGAUGAGAUAUGGCAAGACCCCAAUGUUGUACAUAAGCUUCAACGCCUGGAAGGAACAUUAGUCGGAGAUGGAUUGGAGGUUCUGAUAAGAAUAGAGACAUCAUCCGGAAACAAAGAAGCUUUGACUGUACCAACAGCUAUGCCAAUAGGUCAAAGGUCAUUGUGGCAGAAAAAAGUCUUUUUCUACCUUGGGUUCUCUUGGGCCGGUCCAAAGGCAUUUGAUGUAUCAUCUAACGAUCGGCAGAAUCUAAUUUCAAAACCAAAACACAGUCACGACAGCCUGGGAAUGGCACGUAAAAGGACGUCCCCAACUCGAUCACUUCGUGAUCCAACUAAGAGAAUUGAAGAAGUUGGUCGGCGUUUACGAAAGAUAGAACAACUGAAAAAGAUGAAGAACCGAAGUGACAGAGAGAAUUGUCAAAUAAGCGAGGAAAACGCUUUACGUUUGGAGUUGAAUGAUCUUCUCUCUACAAUUGAGGAUAUGUUUGGAGGAAAUUAACAAAAGUAUGACAUUCCGAAAUGGAUGGAAGAAAUACAACACUUCGUAAGAAAGACAACACUUCGUAAGAAGUACAAUACUUCACAUGACAGACAACACUCAACAAGCCAACAAAGUGAAUUUAUCCAGAGGUUUUUUUUUUGUCAUCAAGAAAGUGUAGAACAUAUGUCACAUUAGGAAUAUCAUCUUGUGUGACGUUUUGAAGUAGAGAUUUUCUGUUUUUGUAGAUCUAGAAAUUCACAAUUAUGUAAAUGGCUUGCUAAAACCGCGAACUGACAGCACCAAAAUGCGACAGUUAUAUUGACCACAGAAAGAGAAAUUGUCCAGCCAUUGCGACUUAACGAUGUGAAAGAAAGUUAAAGUUUAUAUAAAUAUCCAUUUUAAAAUACUGCGUCAUUUUGAAAAAAAAAACAUCACAUGUACAUAAACUUAUACGACACUGAUUUUGAUGGAUAGACUUGACUGCAUGAGUCACUUAUAUGUACCACAUGUAUUCCAAGCAGUAUUUCUUUUUAUCAACGAUAUAAGUAAUCGUUGUGUCAUGUGUUUAUAUCAUAUAUAAAUUAUUACACAUAUACAUUUUAAAUGGAGAAAGAUGUGGGUUUGUAGAACAUGCAUCAUUCAUUAAAUUGCCUUCAAAUACAUGCAGUGAUAUAUAACGUUUUCAGAUGUACCUUUUUUCAAUUUUAUGUUUCGUAUCCAUUUUGUAUUUUUUAACCUCAUGAUGAAAAUUCGUUAUGUGUGGAGAUGAUUACAUUGUCUGAAGGCCUUAAUUGUUUGGAAACAAUACAUGUCACAUUUGUAAAACUGUAUUAUCAAAUGAAUUAAAGAUAUCUAAAUGAUGUAAAACAAACCUGUAUUAAUAAUGACACUGAGCAUGUUGAAAAGAUAUGAUUAGUUCAAGUAUUGUAAAAUUUAUUAUUGAUGAUACUGAACAAGUAUUUUUAAUCUAUUACUGAUGAAACUGAACAUGUUUGAAAAGAUAUGAUCAGUUCAAGUAUUGUAAAAUGCAUUAUUGAUGAAACUGAACAUGUUUGAAAAGAUAUGAUCAGUUCAAGUAUUGCAAAAUAUAUUAUUGAUGAAACUGAACAUGUUUGAGAAAAUAUAAUCAGUUCCAAGUAUUGUAAAAUAUAUUAUUGAUGAAACUGAACAUGUUUGAAAAGAUAUGAUCAGUUCCAAGUAUUGUAAAAUAUAUUACUGAUGAAACUGAACAUGUUUGCAAAGAUAUGGUCAGUUCAACAAUUGUAAAAUAUAUAAUUGAUGAAACUGAACAUGUUUAAAAAGAUAUGAUCAGUUCAUGUAUUGUAAAAAAAAUAUUGAUGGAACUGAGCAUGUUUGAAAAGAUAUGAUCAGUUCAAGUAUUGUAAAAUAUAUAAUUGAUGGAACUGAGUAUGUUUGAAAAGAUAUGAUCAGUUCAAGUAUUGUAAAAUCAAAAAUUGAUGGAACUGAGCAUGUUUGAAAAGAUAUGAUCAGUUCAAGUAUUGUAAAAUAUAUUAUUGAUGAAACUGAACAUGUUUGAGAAAAUAUAAUCAGUUCCAAGUAUUGUAAAAUAUAUUAUUGAUGAAACUGAACAUGUUUGAAAAGAUAUGAUCAGUUCCAAGUAUUGUAAAAAAAUAUUAUUGAUGGAACUGAGCAUGUUUGAAAAGAUAUGAUCAGUUCCAAGUAUUGUUGAAUAUAUCACUGAUGAAACUGAACAAGUUUAAAAAUGUGCGAUUAGUUUUAUGUAAAAUUUAUUAUUGAUGAGAAAAUGCUUGAAAAGAUAUGAUCAGUCAAAUUCAUUAUUGAUGAAUCUAAACAUGUUUGAAAUUAUCUGUUCAAGUUAUUGUUAAAUUGACGACACAAACUGAACACGCCUGAAAAGAUAAAUUAUGUUCAAAGUACUGCAAAAUGUAUUUUUGAUAUAGAAAAUGAUUGAAAGUAUAUGGUCAGUCUGAAGUAUUGUACAAUUACUAUCAAUGGAAAUGGCCAUGUUUGAUCAGUUCAAGGUAUUUUAAAAUGUGUUAUUGAUGAAACUAAUUGAAAUGUUUGAAAAGAUCGGAUCACUAGGAAGGCUUGUAAUAUUUAUUAUGAUUAAGUUUGAAGAAAAAAAAUAUAAUUUUUGAAAGGCAAGACUUUAUAAUCCAAAGGUAGCAUCUUUGCUUGUUUGUAUUUCAAACAUUCGUAAUCACAGACCUUUAGACGAUUUUGAGAUUUUUAAUCAUUCACGUUCGAUUAUUAUAGCCAUUUUCCUAUCAUUUCUUAGGUCAACUGAGUCAUGUAGUUAUGUCACCCAUAUACCAUGAAAUCGGGUAUUUAUUAAUCAUAAUCUGUAGUAUUCUAACUGUAAUACUAAGACACAGGUAUAUCUGGAACCAGAGUGAUUUCUGAAAUGUUUCCCAAUUUUUCCAUUUUUACAACUUUAACUUAUUUACUCCAACCUUUCUCUGCAAUGUAAACAUUCACAAUUAUGGUGUAGAAGGACAAUCUCAAGAGCCUUACUUGCGAACCUAUUAUUAUAAAAACAUCUUACCCUAAUUACAUGAUUAAGAGCUGUAGUGGUUAAAGAUUUCUUCAAACUAAAUUUAAUUACCUGGCAAGAUACCAAGCAAAUCUACAGUGAUAUCUGGCCACAAAUUGUCCACGAAAAUCUUUUAGUUCCAAAGAAGCUUCGCAAUAUCAGAGACGUACGAACGAAUUGUUAAAUAAAAUAAGGGGGAUUUAUUACAACAGUUUUACUAUAUGCAUAUAUGACUGGCUACUCCAAAGAGUGUCGUCUUUGUAACAGAAUUACUACAUCACCUGGCACUGAUUAAAGUAGUAACAUAAACCUUAGUGUUGUAACUGUGUACAAAAUCCAACGUUUUACCUACUGAGUUCUAAUUACCGACUGUAGGUGUAUUUAGUGUAGAUAUUUUAUUGGAAAUGUACACAAGACUUAGUGUAAACAUACCUAUUUAGGGACUCAAACUUUAGCACACUAUCAAAUUCUAACAGAUCAGAGAAUUGAUGAAUUAGUACACAAACAAAAAUAAUCGAAAACAAAAAAAAAGAAACAUCAAUUAGCAACAAAAAAUUAAGCACAAUAAACCAGGAAAAUAGGAUUAUCCCUAAAUGUGAACAUAUACGGCAAGUCACUUUUUAAAUUGAAACAUUUCCUUUUCAAUUUACAGAGUAUAAGGAAAAUGGGUUAAUUAAGAGAACAAGGUCAAUUACUUACAAAUUUAUUUUUCGAGCUUACUUUAAUUGUUGUUCUUUGAACAAUUCAUUAGUAUGAGAAACGAUGAAUAAACAAUGUGUUGAUCAUUAAAACAGGAAAUAUAACCAUCGGGAAUGUCAAUCCACUUGUUACAAUUCAUUCAUA